AUGGCGUGGCGUAUCAGCGUGGCGUGGCACAGCGUGCCAUGGCAUGGCCGCUGGUUUGGCAGCAAGGGGAGCGCAGGGGUGGGGACAGGGCUGUGCUUCCCCUUGGUGGAGGCAGGCGAAGGCCACCUCGAUCCCGGCAGCCACCAAAGGGUCCUCAUGAAAACGGGCCUCAUCCUCCUCAUCAUUGGGCACCUCAACUUCAUCACCGGUGCCCUUGUCCACGGCACCGUCCUCCGCUUCGUGGUCAACCCCCGGGAUGCCAUCUCCCUGCAGUACGCCGUCGCCAACGCCGCCUCCGUCAUCUCCGCGCUGCUGACCAUCUCCUGCGGAAUAGCUGCCCUCGUGCUGUCCCGCUGCCUCGCCCCCGCCACCCUCAAAUGGGCGGUUUUUGCCCUGAGUGCCAGCAGCAGCCUGGGCUGCCUGUCCUGCCUGCUGGGGCUGGCCGUCUCCAUCGGGCUGACGAUGGGCAGCCAGGGCCGGGCACUGCUGGCCCCCUGCACCAUCGCCGACGUCGCCCUCGCCCCGGUCUCACACCAGUGCCCCUUCGAUCCCACCCGUGUCUACAGCUCCACGCUGUCUCUCUGGGCUAUCUCCCUCCUGCUCGACUUGAUGGAGAUCAUCUUUGGCAUCCGCUGCCUUCUGCUCACCCUCGACCUCCUUCGCCUCGGCCGCUGCUGCUGCAGGGCGCACCGGAGAAAGGUCUCCUUGCGGGCAGACCCUGCGGAGAACCCCGACCCCGGGCAGUGCCUGGGCUUGCUGAGGUUGGACAGCGUGGAAACUGCCCGGCUCUGAGCAGGGCCCAAGGGCUGAUGCCGUGGACAUGCCCGGGCCAGCCCUGCCCCAUCCCAGCACCCGCACAGCCCCACAUUGGGACCUGGCUGCUCCCCAGCCCGGCUAUGGGGCAGACGCAUCCCCUGGACACCACCAGCCAAGACACGUGAGCCCAUCCCCAUGGCCUCAGGUCGCCUGGGGCUGCAGCAAGGAAGGUGACUGGGCUGGAUCCGGACCCUGUGCGGAGGAACUUUCCCCUCGGCGUCGAUGACCCCUUUCCCACCACUGA